AUGGUGCUCACGCGUUUGCCCAAGGAGCUGUUGGAUGCAAUCUCUCGCUGUUUGACGGGUAAAGACAUCAAGAGCUUGAGACUGGCGUCCAAGUUAUUCUCCGACAUACCUUUACCGCUCUCUAGGGUUUUCAUAAGCGCGAAUCCGAUAGACAUUGAAGUUUUUCGCUCCAUCGCGGAUCAUGAGACCUACAGGCAUGGUGUGAAAGAGAUUAUCUGGGAUGAGGCCCGAUUCGGCAACCCUCGUUCUGGAUGUGAAGGUUAUGAAUUGGAGUCCCGCGAGGCACCCUGUGAAUACAGACACGCUUGCAAAGAGAACAUGCAUGAGAUAUUGAACAGGCGAGCCAUGUACGCUAUCCAUUUUCCCUUUGAAAAAGCCAUAGACGAGCAAGUAAAGGCUCAAAUGCCUGUAUUUGAAUCAUGGCUGCUCUAUUGCGAGUAUGCAGACCAGCAAAACGAGGUUUUGGAAAACGGUAGCGAUAUCAAAGCAUUUGAAUACGGCCUAGAACGCUUCCCGGCUCUCGAGAGAAUCACGUUGACCCCAGCAGCUCAUGGAAUACUAUUCAACCCAUUGUACAAGACACCGAUGCUUCGAUCGCUUCCAUAUGGCUUCAACUACAAUAUUCCGCGCGGUUGGCCGGGCACCUACUCUUAUGCGAGAUGCGAGCCGUGGGAAACCGAGGCUGAAAAAGAGCAAUGGCGAGGCUUUCGAGAAGUCAUUCGUUGCCUCGCGGAUAACAAAGCGCUGUCGGUAAAGGAGCUUGUUCUCGACGUCCAUCAGCUGCCAACAGGCUUGACCUGCCACUUUUUUGACCAUGCCUGCCCAGAAUACGACCAACUAGUCGCUGUUCUCCGCAGACCUGGUUUCCGCCGCUUCGAUCUCGCUCUUACCGCUGGCGGACAGCCCAGUUCCGACUGGGAGUCGUUUCGGAAUGGACGCAUGCGACGUGCAUUGGCAGAGGCAUCGGAGGAUUUAGAACACUUUCAUCUGAGAACAGAUCAGGGAGAUUUACCAGGCGUAAAUCGCGAGCUGGAUAACAAUGGAAUAUCUUACCACUUCACCCCCCUCCUCGAUAUCUUGCCCAUAGAGCGGUGGCCGAAGCUCCGGCACUUUGGGCUAUCAAAAUUCCUUGUGCGGCAAGAUGAUGUAAUGUCUCUCUUGAAGGCACUGCCAGUCACUAUCCGGACCGUUGAGCUCAGUUUUUUGUGCUUUUUAAACGACGGUGACAGCUACAAAGCUUUGCUGGACGAGAUGCGCGACAGUCUGGAUUGGCACACUAGAGAUGCCGCACUUCGCCCCAAAGUCAAGAUUGGCUUGGAUGUCUCUCGUUUCGCUGUAGUUCAUGGCCGAGCAAUUUGGCUUGAAAGAGAAGUGGACUCGUUUUUGUACGAAGGGGGGCCCUGCUUGUUUCCGAGGGAGGAUCGUCCAGAUGAUGCGAAGCCCGGAGAUGGUGGUACAAUACGGGAUGAAUUCCAGCCUGAGAUUGACAGCCCAUGGGCCGAUUGCCCCAUCUGGGACUACAAUGACGAACAAGGACGUUUGCGGGCCCGCGCUGAAAAGGGGGGAAAUCCCGACGUACAAGCAGCCUUGGAUGCCUUGGAUGCCUUGGAUGCCUUGGAUUACGAGGACUGA